CUCUAUAUACAUUACACCAUUACCUCAAAAUAAGAGAGUUCUCUAACAUUCAUCACUCGGAAAGAAAUCAAACAUACAAAAAAAAUGCCUGGAAUAACAAUAGGAGAUACGGUGCCAAACCUUGAAGUGGAAACCACCCAGGGCAGAUUCAAGUUGCAUGACUACUUUGCUGAUAGCUGGACUAUUCUCUUCUCUCAUCCAGGUGACUUCACACCUGUGUGUACCACUGAACUUGGGAUGAUGGCGGCCUAUGCGGAUGAAUUCUCAAAAAGAGGAGUCAAGCUUUUGGGUUUGUCUUGUGAUGAUAUUGCCUCUCAUAAUGAGUGGAUCAAGGACGUUGAAGCUUAUUCUGGAGGACACAAAGUAAAGUAUCCAAUAAUAGCAGAUCCAAACAGGGAGAUAAUCAAACAGUUGAAUAUGGUGGAUCCUGAUGAGAAAGGUCCUAACGGACAACAACUUCCUUCUCGUGCCUUGCACAUUGUUGGUCCUAAUAAAAUGGUGAAGCUAAGUUUCUUGUAUCCAGCAUCGACGGGGAGAAACAUGGAUGAGGUGUUGAGGGUGGUAGACUCGCUUCAGAAGGCUGCCAAGCACAAGGUGGCCACCCCUGUUAACUGGAAACCUAAUGAGAAGGUGGUCAUCUCUCCUAGUGUCAACAAUGAUCAAGCCAAGGAGAUGUUUCCUCAAGGAUUUGAAACCACUGAUCUUCCGUCCAAGAAGGGUUACCUCCGCUUUACUCAGGUGUAAUUUGGACAAGGACGAAAUAACAACUCCCUAGCCAUUAGUAUAGUAUAUAGAAGUAUCAUAUAUGGCAUGUUUAUAUCAUAUAUGGCAUGUUACGAAUAAUGGUUUUAGAUACUUUUGAUGUGCAUGAUGCUAUGUAGUAUAGUUUUUCUAUUUUGUUAAAAGGCUAGUAAGAAGCGUUAAUCCCGGUUUUAAAAGCCAAACACAUGACCAGUGGAAGGUGUCCAUCUUUCUUCCCUUUGUGCAACAUAUAUUACUAUACGUACUAUAUAAUACUUUUUGAGUGUUUUUAA